CCGGUAGCGGCGGGGUCGCAUUCGCCCGGCGGCCGCGAUGGGGGGGGGAGACCUGAACCUGAAGAAGAGCUGGCACCCGCAGACGCUGCGCAAUGUGGAGAAGGUGUGGAAGGCGGAGCAGAAGCAUGAGGCAGAGAGGAAGAAGAUCGAGGAGCUGCAGCGGGAGCUGCAGGAGGAGCGGGCGCGGGAGGAAAUGCAGCGCUACGCCGAGGACAUGGGCACCGUGCGGAAGCGUGAGGAGAAGCUGGAGUGGAUGUACCAGGGCCCUGGAGGAAUGGUGAACAGGGAUGAGUACCUGCUGGGCCGCCCUGUGGACAAGUUCAUCCUGGACAAGGUUGGGGACAAGGAUGCUGCUGGCUCUGGGGACACGGGGCUGCUGCCUGGCUCCAUCUUUGCCAGGGCUGGGGCCAGCUCUGUGCUGGAUAUGGCCACCAAGAUCCGUGAGGACCCGCUGUUCAUGAUCAGGAAGAGGGAGGAGGAAAAGAAAAGAGAAGUUUUGAACAACCCGGUGAAAAUGAAGAAAAUCAAAGCCUUGCUGCAGACCAGUUUGGAUAAAAAGGAGAGGAAGAGGAGGAAGGAGAAGAGGAAGAAGCACAGGAAACGUCGACGGCGCAGCUCCAGCAGUGCCAGCUCCAGCUCUGAGGAGGAGAGGGGCACAAAAAAGUCUCAGAAAAGAGUGGAGAGUUCUUCCUGGAAGGCUGCUCCUUCUAAAAUUCCAGGAUAUGGGUUACAGCUCCGGGACCCCGAGCGCGGCCGGAGCCCCCCGGGCCAGCCCAGGGCUGCCCCCCAGAGCCCCCGGAGCCACGGCAGCAGCAGCAGGAGCCACAGCAGGCAGCACAGCAGCCGGGAGGAGAAGGGCAGGGCCAGGAGCCCUUCCCCCAAAAAGAGCUUCAGGCGCCAGCCCCCCUCGGGCUACACCAGAAAGAUCUCUCCUGAGGAACUGGAACGGAAGAGGCAGGAAAUGAUAGAAAAUGCCAAGUGGAGGGAAGAGGAGAGAGCCAACAACCUCAGGAAGCACCGGAAGGAGGAGGAGCUGGAGAGGGAGCUGGAGAAACUCGAUGCCAGGGAUGGGAAAUUCUUCCACCGUUUGAAGCUGGAGAGUGCCUCCACCUCCAGCCUGGAGGAUCGGGUCAAGCGCAACAUCCACUCCCUGCAGAGGACUCCUGCUGCCUUGGAAAAGAACUUUAUGCAGAGGUGAAAGCUGUCCUGGCCCCGGCCCUCACCUCACACCAGAGGUGAGAGCUCUCCAGGAACAAUUCCAGCUCCCAGACAGGCGCCGGAUCCCCGGGCAGAGCCCUGGGAGCGUUCGGGGACUUCGUGUUCCAUUCCUGUCGCGUCGCCAGAGCUUCUCCUCCUCUCCCCACCCUGACUGGUGUCACUUUUGUACAUUAUUACCCAACUGGGCUGGGUGCUCCCUGCUUCCUCCUGUGCCAGAGCUGAAGAUCUAUUUUUGUUAAUCCUUAAAAUCCAGAGCAGAACCGAUCCACACGUGAGGUAAUGCCGUGGAAUUGGACAGAACUGCACGAAUCCCGUUCCACACUGUCGCCGUUGGCAUCCACAGCUCGCAGCGUGCUGGCUGUGGCUGGCAUUUGGUGACUCACAGAUUUAUUUCAUUGAUCUUUGACCCAAAAGAAGCAGUUUGUGAGGGGGGGGAAAGGGAAUGAGCAGAACGUAGCUGACACAGCAAAUAUUACUCUGGGAUUUUGUAAUGUAAGUAAUGUGUAUAUGUACAGCAGUGUAGAUUUAUUUUGCCUUUUUAAUUAAGAAACUUCACUGUCGUUUGUUAAA